GUUCAAGUGCAAUAGAAUAAUCCCAAAUCCGAAUCUAGGGAUUCAGAAUUCUGAUCCAAAACCAAUCAUCCUUACAAUUCGCAUUUCCCGUUUCCACCCCAAUGAUUGGCGCUGCCACUGUGAGACUGAGCUGAGAGACGUUGCUGCUGUGAGUUUGCGUUCCAUGGAAGAGUCAUACACCACCGGCCUCCCCACCAGCCAUUUGGCCGGUUCUGUUCCGGCUGUCACAGCUGGAGAAAAGAGUACUACGAAACAAGAUGCCCCUUUGGCAAAUAUGCAAACAUUCCCUCCCAGCAAUGCAGGGGGAAGAAGAGGACAAGUAUAUCAACCUAUUACAGCUCAAACUGCUGAAUCAUUUGAGCAGCAGCCAACAACUAACUGGCAGGGAGUUUUUAGUGUCUCAUCGUACUCACAGUAUUUCAAUGUGGACACGGAUGUUGUUGUAGACAGAAUGAUAUGUUCCUUGAAUCCAGUCCGUGAUGAUUUUUUCAGCAAGAUAGAUGCUAACCCUGAUUUGUAUGGAAUGGUAUGGAUCUCAACAACAUUGGUUUUUAUUCUUUCCUCAGUGGGAAAUCUUGCUACAUACUUUUCAGUGAAAAAAGCUAAUGACUGGAACUUUGAUGUCAGUUAUGUGCAUUCAGCUGCAUGGUCCAUAUACGGCUAUGUCUUAGUGGUCCCAAUGGCAUACCACUUCUAUCUUCAGUACAUGCGUUCAAAUAGUAACCUUGUACGCUUUUGGUGCCUGUGGGGAUACUCCCUUACCAUUUUCGUCCUGUCCUCUUUUUUAUUGCUUAUCCCAGUUGGGGUUCUGCGGUGGAUGAUAAUAAUCACCUCUGGUGGUGCCUCAGCUACCUUUGUUGCCUUGAACCUGAAAUCCUUCAUCCAAGAAAAUGAUCUUUCAAUGGCUGUAAUUGCUGCAUUUGGAUUGCAAAUAGCAUUAGCAGUCUUCAUCAAGGUUCGGUUCUUUGCAUAGCUAAAUGGGGCUGCAGCGCUGCAGAAUAAUACCCCCAAAUUAAACAACAAUCAUUGUUAGCCUACUCCACUGAGUAACUUCCUUUAACACAUGACUGGAAUUGUCUGCAUCAUCAGAAUUGGUUUUUGUGUUUUGGAUGAUGAUGGAUGCAAGAAGAGCUACAAAGAAGUUUUCUUGGGCUCUCUACAAUAUUAUUUGUUUUUGUUUUUUUCAAUCAUUACUAUUUAUUAUUAUUAUUUUAUUUUUUUAUUUUUUUGUGGGAGGAGAGAGGGGGGGAACAAUUGUGGGUGUGUAGUAUUUGCAUUUAAAAGUUUCCAUCUUUUUGUAAACAUAUCAGAUCUCUAAUUUAAUUUCAUUUCUUUGGUGAAAGCUAAAAUGUGUGUAAAUGUCUUUCUCGUUUUAGCACA